CAUUCUCAUCCGUCAGUCAUUCAUACCCGUACCAAGUGAAUAAACUGAAGAGAAAAAAAAUAAAAUAAAUACAAUACAAUAAAUUAUUAUAAUAGUUUUGCCAUAACAAUAAAUCAAUUGUGUAGAUAGAUAUUCCAUAAUCGCGCUUCGAAACAGAAACCGAAACAACACAGCACAAACAACACAUCACAUUAGUCCACCAAACCAAUUUUUGGUCUCCUAACAACACACAAAUUAAUGUAAAAAAAAAAAACAAUGAAAAUUUUCUAACUCAACGACACAUAUUCUUCGAUUUGCCAUACGCGCUGUGACGGGGGACACCACCAGCAACCAAAAAAAAAAAGAAAAAAAAAACAUGCUUCCAGCAAUUGUAAUUUGCCAGUAGUGAAAUUGUGUAAUGAAAACUCUGUGCUGUGUGCACAGGAGAGAGUGGCACAAGAAGGCAUAAGGCAGAUUUACCCUAAAAUACGUAAAAACCAUUAACGUAACAUGAAAACCACAAUAACAACAACAACAAGCAGAAAGUACAUUAAUACCAGUCAAAUUUCUCAAUAAAAUAAUGAAAAAGAGGCGGCAUGGCAUUACAAGGUUGGCGACUUUGCGGCGUAACGGUGACAAUUGUUAUAUAUAUUGGUGGUGUUCUAUUUCUAUCCAUGAAUAAUGUUCCUGGUUCACAUCCUAGACGUAUACGUACUGAACGUUUUGCAGAGUUUCCUAACUACCGCAAUCAAAAGAAUCCUCGUAUUAAUCAAAAGAUGACAAUUAGAUGGUGCAAAGAACUAAGAUAUAUGCAACCAGAGCUUCCAGUAGAACCUGAAAGUGCAGCUUUCGAAUUUAAUAAUCCCAAUAUAAGCGAUAACGAUGAUAACACUAAGACUGGAUUGACUGCAUUGGCUUCGUUUCCAGGAAGUGGCAAUACAUGGUUACGAUACUUGCUGCAACAAUCCACUGGAAUAUUGACUGGAAGUAUUUACAAAGACUAUGGAUUGUUGAAAACCGGCUUUCCUGGGGAAAAUAUAUGCAACAGCUCUGUGUUAUUAGUGAAAACCCACGAAUGGGGCCCAAAGGCCUGGGCCCCAUUUUCUAAGGCAAUACUUUUAGUUAGAGAUCCAGAAAAGGCAAUUAUAGCAGAAUUUAAUCGUCAAAGUGGUGGUCAUGUUGGAUUUGCAUCACCCGACCGUUACAAACGGACGAAAGGAAAAUAUUGGCAACAAUUUGUUACAAAUAAACUACGCGGUUGGGAAUUGAUGAAUCUGAAUUGGGCUAGAAACUUUACAGGCAGCAUUAAGAUAGUUUUUUAUGAUGAUUUAAUAAAUAACAUUGAACCAGAAUUAAGGAGCAUUUUAGACUUUUUGCGUUUUCCAAUUGACGAGGGUCUCCUUAGAUGUGCCCUUGUGCGAAAGGAGGGCAUAUUUCGGCGAAAAAAACGUGUACUAUCCUUUGAUCCCUAUACCCCCUUAAUGAGAGCCAACAUUGAGGAACGAAAACAAUAUGUCUACAGUGUUUUGGGGAGAACAGUUAAUUAGGAAAUCGUCGCCACAAUCUCACAUAAUUUCGUCUAGACAUAGCGCAUUUAUAAAAACUCGUAUUAUUUAUAUACACAGACAACGUUUAUAUAUAUAUGGAAUGCUCACACCUUAAACGAAUUCGCAACACAGCGCCAAUGUUAAGAACUUUGUCCGAUCGUUGGUAGAACUCUACUCUACUCUCCUUCAUUAUCGAAUGAAUAAAACUUCGAAUAUACAAUAACUACUAUAACACAAUAAAUAAUGAUUUACUCAAUAUUA